GUUACUUCCCCUAUAUAUUUUUUUUUUGUCGUUGCUUUUUGGCUUCCCCCCCCUUUUCUCUCGUUUAUCUUUAAACUUUUUUUAAUUGGAUUUAUUCUCUCUUUUCUCUCUCUUUCUUGUAUCUUUCUUUUCUUUAUUAAUAACACAUGUCUGACCAAAACAAUAGCCCCUCUGGCAUUACUGUAUUACGCAAAAAGUUGCAAGGUUAUGUUGGUUUUGCUAACCUUCCUAACCAAGUGCACCGCAAGAGUGUAAAGAAGGGUUUCCAAUUUACUACCAUGGUAGUAGGUGAAUCUGGUCUGGGUAAAUCAACAUUGGUCAACACAUUAUUCAACGCACAAUUGUAUCCUCCCAAGGAAGCUGUUGAAUUAAGUCAUGAAACCACACAAACUGUGGAGGUACAAUCCAUCACAUCAGACAUUGAAGAAAACGGUGUCAAAUUAAGAUUGACCGUGGUAGAUACACCUGGUUUUGGUGAUUUUGUGAAUAACGAAGAAAGUUGGAAACCCAUUUUGGAUAAUAUUGAAGCUCGUUGUGACGCCUACCUUGAACAAGAGAACCGUGUCAACCGUCGUCGUAUGGUAGAUAAUCGUAUUCAUGCCUGUCUUUACUUUAUUGCACCCACCGGUCAUGCCUUAAAACCUUUGGAUAUCGAAUUUAUGCGUAGACUUCAUACCCGUGUUAAUUUGAUCCCCGUCAUUGCUAAAGCCGAUACCUUAACAGAGGAAGAGGUUGCUGCCUUUAAGGAGCGUAUCUUGGCUGAUAUUGCCUAUCAUAAAAUUCAAAUUUAUCAAGCUCCCGUCUAUGAAUACGAUGAUCAAGAAACCAUUGCUGAAAACAAGGAGAUCAUGUCCAAGAUUCCCUUUGCUGUCGUUGGCUCUGAUAAAGAGUUUGAGAUCGAAGGGGGUCGUAAAGUCCGUGGACGUAAAUACCCUUGGGGUGUCAUUGAGGUGGAUAAUGAAGAACAUUGUGAUUUUGUCAAGCUUAGACAAAUGUUGAUUCGUACUCAUAUGGAAGAACUCAAGGAGUUUACAAAUGAUGUACUUUAUGAGAACUAUCGUACCGAGAAGCUGACAGCUAUGGGUAUUCAACAAGAUCCUUCUGUCUUUAAGGAAGUCAACCCUGUUCAAAAGAUGGAAGAGGAACGUCUUGCUCAUGAGCAGAAAUUAGCCAAGAUGGAAGCAGAGAUGCGUUCCGUCUUCCAAGCUAAGGUACAAGAAAAGGAAGCUAAAUUGAAACAAUCGGAAGAAGAGUUGUAUGCUCGUCAUAAGGAAAUGAAGGAUGCUCUUGAUAAACAACGCUCAGAUUUAGAAGAAAAGAAACGUCGUUUGGAAUCUGGAAGACCUAUGACUCCAGAGAAAACCGCUAAAAAGAAGGGUUUCUCCUUCAACAAGUAAAAAAAAAAAAUCUAUAUUACCUCUCUC